AUGAAUUCUAGCUUUGUGGCUGAUCAGAGCCCAUUUACACCGAAUACUACCUCUUUAAGGUCUAAUCCAACCGAGCUUCUUGGCAUAGAACGGCUCAGAGAUGAUUUUGCUCUUCUUGUGGCUGUGCAAAUGGCUUGCCUUCUUGCUGUUCCCAUUGUCUCGAACUUCUCCACUACUGCAACAAUAUUAGUAUCAGCCAUGUCUUAUAAAGACGAGACAUUAUCCUUGAAAGAUCUAUGUUUAAGGAUAGUGAGAACAUGGAAAAGGGCACUGAUAACAGAAUUCUAUGCAAAACUUCACGCAAUGGCGUACGUGUUCUUGGGUGUGGCAUUGUCUGUUCCUUUACUCAUGUCUGCUAAUCUCACCACCAUUUCAACGACCGUCUUGCUAUUUAUUUCUGCUUGUGUUUGCUGUGUAUAUCUGCCCGUCGUUUGGAACUUGGCUAUUGUCGUAUGUAUAGUCGACGAAGGUUGUGGAAUCGAGGCAUUGGGAAAAGCUGCCGCACUUAUCAAGGGCAAGAGAUUCCAUGGUUUUAUGCUAAACUUAUGCUUCAACCCGCUGUGCUUGAUUCUAUUUCUGAACUGCGGUAUGAUGCCAGAGAAUUGGACCAUUAAUGGAUUGAUUGUGAUGGGGGUCUUUUUUUGGGGAAUUUUUUCCCGAACUUGGCAUAUACAGUAUUAUACUUCCGGUGUCAGAAGAGCUAUGGUGAAGAAAUUGAAUUAUACAGGAGCACGGAAUACAGUAAAUUACCCUCUACUCAACCUGUCAACCAGUCAAUAA